AUGAAAUCAGUGAAAGUAGGAGAGCCUGGCAUCACGAGAGGGCAACUUUACCAGUGGAUUCUCCCCGUCAGCCCCAUCAACCCCAUCAGCCCCGUCAACCCCAUCAGCCCCAGCCCCGUCAGCCCCAUCAGCCUCGUCAGCCCCGUCAGCCCCGUCACCCCAUCAGCCCUGUCAGGCCCAUCAGCCCCGUUAGCCCCGUUAGCCCCAUCAGCCCCGUUAGCCCCAUCAGCCCCGUUAGCCCCAUCAGCCCUGUCAGUCCCAUCAGCCCCGUUAGCCCUGUCAGGCCCAUCAGCCCCAUCAGCCCUGUCAGGCCCAUCAGCCCCGUCACCCCCAUCAGCCCCAUCAGCCCUGUCAGGCCCAUCAGCCCCGUCACCCCCAUCAGCCCUGUCAGGCCCAUCAGCCCCGUUAGCCCCGUCAGCCCCGUCAGGCCCAUCAGCCCUGUCAGUCCCAUCAGCCCCGUUAGCCCCAUCAGCCCCGUCAGCCCCGUCAGACCUGUCAGCCCCACCUGCCCCAUCAGCCCCGUCAGCCCCAGGACUCGAUUUCGACUGCCUUGACAACUCCCGACCGAUCCUGGGAGAGCCCGGAGGGAAGGCGCAUGGGAGAGCGGAGGCAUGGGAGAAGCACAGUGAAAAAUAUCACAGUAAUACGAAAAUUAUAUUUUCAAUGGAGAGGCUGCCGAUGCAUCACCAUUAUAAUCACUACUAUCAUCUUAAUGUAACGCUGACUACCUGCGUGACUAUUAGUACCAACAACAAACAGAACCGUAUGAAACCCCACACCUCGCCCAGCCCACAUGAAACCCGGAAGGAAGGAACCUACUAUCUCUCCGCAACCCCCCCGACAGGAGACAGAGGGCGCACGAGAGGGCGAACCUCCGCAGAGCCGGGAACGGGGACGACCAAACACGCCCAAACCCGCGCCGGUGAAAUUAACCUUUCGAACGCCGUUACUCAUCCUCGUGUUCAGAUAACCUUAUCUUCUCGGCCGAUAUUUGCUCUUAAAGUUGAGUCUCGUCUUCUCUUCCGCGAGACUCACUACGGGCCUGAGUGUGCCGGCAAAGCGUGUGCUCGCUAUACUGGCUGGUGCCGAACCGCCAUCACACAUAACCUGCUGCUAACAACAGUUCCCGCCAUAUGCACCACCUGCGUCCACCGCCAGCUGCGUCGAUCACCACCUGCGUCGAUCACCACCAGCGUCGAUCACCACCUGCGUCGAUCACCACCUGCGUCGAUCACCACCUGCGUCGACCGCCCCCAACCUUCUCCCAAGAAUCCCCGCGUGAAUUCUGGCGCGGUUCAUCUUGUUAGCUACAAUAAUUGCCUCGGAGUUGGUGCCAGUGAUAGUUAUUCCGACAGUUCCUGUAACAGUACUAGAGCAUGUGUUCGCUGCGGGUCGCACUGGAUGCUACCGGUGCCACGAAUAGUUCGAGAGGUCGUUAAUGGCACUCGUGUGCAUGAACCGGUGCCAUAUGUUCCCGGUGCGGCCAGCGUCUCGUUCGGCCAGCCAUUCUUUUUUUUCCCACAGCAACCUGAUUACCAGCCCUGA